AUGUCUUCUCUCAGAAACUUUCUGAACGACUCGGUCAUCGUUCAUCCACCCGGCUUCUACAUCAUUGGAUUUCAGAAGCUUCCCUUCAUCAGGGUCUACUUCAUCUUCCUGGCUUUUGUCUAUGUCGUCACGGUGCUGUUUAACACGUUGGUGAUCUGCAUCAUUGUCUUUAAUCACUGUUUGCACACUCCAAAGUUCUUGGCCGUGGUCAACCUCGCCGUCAUCGACGUGGUCCUGAACACGUGCACCAUCCCCAGCAUGAUCAAGGUGUUCCUCGUCAAAGACAAUUUCAUCCCGUUCAACCUGUGCUUGGUACAAAUGUUUUUCUACUACGCUUUUGCCACGUUGGAGUCGUAUGCACUCGCCGUACUUGCGUACGACCGUUUGAUUGCGAUAUGUUUCCCUCUGCGUCAGAACUCGAUCAACACACUGCGGAACAUGUUUUGUAUCGUCGCCCUGUCUUGGUGUUUCUCCACAGGGAUUAUUGCAUUUUCUGCAGGUAUAAUGACUCGCUUGUCUUUUUGUAAUUCAGUCAGAGUGUUCAGCUACUUCUGCGAUUAUGCACCCGUGUUUAGACUCGCCUGUAAUGACUACACGAUGCAGUGGUACGUGGCCUCUUUGCUUACGUUCUUGCUCCUUGUGGGGCCGUUCACCUUCAUUCUGCUGUCUUACGUCAGCAUCCUGGCGACUGUGUUCAGGAUGAAGUCGCUGGACAGUCGUGUGAAGGCUUUGGCCACGUGUGUCGAGCAUCUGAUUCUCGUGGCUGUGUUUUACAUUCCUAUCAUUACCAUUUUUACCAUUGGGUUUUAUCUGCAACUUAUUAACCCAGACCAGCGUGUGCUGAGCCUGUCUCUGGCCUCUUGCCUUCCACCCUGCAUCAACCCCAUUGUGUAUUCUUUGAAAACCAAAGAGAUCAAAAACAGAGCCCUGGCACUAGUAAAGAAAAUAUUUGGCACAAACCAACGCAAGAGCAAGCCUUGA